AUGUCGUACCUUCUUCGUGCCACCAUCCUGGCCCUGCUGGCCGUGGUCCUGCUCCAGGCGGAGGCCACCAUCGCUGGGGACCCCAAGGGCACUGCCUCUCCGCCGAAUAAGAAGCCGGGCCAUGGCCACCACCACGGCCACCACCACGGCCAUCACCACGGCCACCACCACGGCCACCACCACGGCCACCACCAUGUCCACCACGGCCACCACGGCCACCCCGAGCACCAUCACGGCCACCCCGAGCACCACCACGGCCACCCCGAGCACCACCACGGCCACCCCGAGCACAAGAAUGGCCGCCAGCCCCGCCACGACUACACCUCCAUCCACGCGGCCGGUGCCAAGACCAAGACCAAGACCAAGACCAAGACCAAGAACCGCACUGGGCAGUUCCUGCUGAAGCACAUCCACCCGGUUGGCUCGAAGCCCUCCGGGCCGAAGCCCCCGCAGCAUCGCGAGUGCGAGUGCCCCGCUGACACCGCGCUCUACUGCUUCGAGGAUGCCAAGACCUGCCAGAAGAUCAAGUUCCCCCCGGGCCCGGGGCAGUUCCACUCGGCCACCAGCGUGUCCAAGUGCCUGGCCAACGGCUGGGCGGUGUACGCUUGCUCCAGCGAGCCGAAUGUCUGCCGCAACGCCAAGACCUGCAAGGUCAUCGGCGAGGGCACCGGGUCCCAGGACCCCCACUUCAAGGGCUUCAACGGCGCGGACUACUAUGUGGAGGGCCUGCCCGGGCGCACGUACAACAUCCUCACCGACACCGACCUGCAAGUGAACGCCCAGUUCACCCGGCUCACCGGCCUGGCCGGCACCUACAUGGGCCGUGUGGGCAUUCUCCUUGGUGCCCAUGCCAUCGGCUUCGACCCGGCCUUCGGGGCCUUCCUCAACGGCACCCACAUGGCGGACGGCCUUUCGCUCGAGCUGCCCGAGGGCGAUGUCGUGUACGAGGUGGUGGACGCCCGCCCGCGGCUGACCGUCCGCAGCGAUGCCUACCAGCUGGUGGCCCGCGCGGUGGUUGAGCGCAACCUCCUGGAGGAGGCCUACGUCAACCUCCAUGCCAGCCUCAUCGGGACUCCCCACCGGCCGCAUGGCAUCCUCGGCCAGACUGCCCAGUUCCUGGUGGCCCCGCCAACCGCCGGUGCUCAGGACACUCGCCGCAAGCCCAAGCGCCCGCACAUCAACGGCCCCGCCUCCGAGGACACUGGCCGCGCCGCCGGCAAUGACGGCGCUGCCUUCCACAUCGAGGGUACCGAUGCCGACUACGAGGUGAAGGAUGGCCUCUUCGGGUAUGACUUCGUCUUCAACAGCUACAACCUGGACCAGGCCCGUGCCUUGCCUCAGGAUGGCGGGUCCCAGCGCCGCGCCAACGCCCGGUCUCUCUUCGAGGCCUCGGUCGACAUGAACUAG